GCAGGUUGUUUUCGUCCAUUUUGGCGUGUGAAAACACAAAUAAUGUCUGCCGUAGGUUACUCAACAAACAACGACGCAUUAGCGUUGUUAGCUCUGAGGUCGGCUCCUGCAAGCCCUUCCAAAGUUUCAUGGACUCCAGAAUCAAAGGGGACUGCAAUUGCGAGGUUGGAAGGCAGAGACUUUGAGUACUAUAUGCGUGGUACCAAAAUUAGCAUUGGACGCAACAGCAGUAAAGGAGAUGUAGACGUAAACAUGGGACAUUCAAAUUUUAUUUCUCGUGUUCAUCUCGAAAUAUUUUUUGACCACCCUAAUUUUUUCAUGAAGUGCAACGGUAAAAAUGGCGUAUUCAUUGAUGGAAUAUUCCAGCGUAAAGGUGCACCUCCCCUGCAACUUCCUCGAUCGUGUGUUAUUCGGUUCCCCAGCACAAAUAUUAAAAUUGGGUUCAACUCGCUGGUGGAGGAGCCAGUUCCUGAAGUCUCUUUGACUCCAACCGCCAGUCAGUCGCCACCACGCAAGAAGCCAUUGCCGCCGUUGAAAAUAAAUAUUCCUCAUGUCGGUCUCAUUCAAAAAAGUGUUGCAAAUAGUCCUUGCCCAUCGCCAACAGGAACAAUCAGUGCUGCCAAUUCGUGUCCGACCAGCCCUCGGAGUGGUGCCAGUUUGGGUUACCGUGGUCUGAUGCCCGAUCUCAACGCAGCAGUAGCAUAUGCUGCAGCCCAUCCGAGAGAGGACAAGGAUAAUCUUGCCAUGAUGUCUCCAGAAAAAGAUGGGCCUAGGGAUGAGACAAAGCCACCAUACUCAUACGCUCAGUUGAUUGUGCAGGCGGUGACGACAGCACAAGACAAACAGUUGACGCUCAGUGGAAUUUAUGCAUAUAUCACCAAAAAUUAUCCAUAUUACAGGACAGCUGAUAAGGGGUGGCAGAAUUCAAUUCGUCAUAACUUGUCAUUGAAUCGUUAUUUUGUAAAAGUGCCACGGUCCCAAGAGGAACCGGGUAAGGGUUCAUUCUGGCGAAUUGAUCCUCAGUCGGAGCCCAAGUUGACAGCCCAGGCCUUCAGGCGACGCAGACAGAGAGGGGUGCCGUGUUUCCGGACACCUUUUGGUGGAGUUUCAUCACGAUCAGCUCCAGUAUCUCCGAGUCAUCUGGCUGGCACAUUGACCCCGGACUCUCUGUCACGAGAAGGUAGUCCAAUACCAGAAUCAUCUUUCGAAUCCGAGGUUAUACCCUCAAGUACGGCCCAGCAUGCGACACUGACAUCUAUUGCAGGAGAGUUGAGGUUUAGCCAGUCGGCACCUGGUUCACCUUCAGGGUCUCGAGUGUUGUCUCCAGUCACUGUUUCUACAAGUAACGGGUCUGCAGCGCUGCAUCAAUUGCCAUCAGUGAUCACAAAACCCAAAAUAAUAGUAACAAAUCCAGGACAGGUCUUCAUGAAUGGGCCGGCAGUCACUGGCAUGUCUCUCACCAAUGGAACGCAUUUAGAAAUAAAGAAAGAAGGUGCUGAAUUUAGUCAGGGUGCAUCCCAAAAGGUGGCAUCUCUGAUGGCGUCGGCCAGUCAGGCAGCACACUAUCAAGCUGCAGGUCUGAAGCCGCCAACACUCGUCCGUAACUUGACCAUGGCUGUGAAUCAUCAGGGACUGACGCUCGCCACGGGUCAGCCAUCAUCGGUGCAGUCAGCCAUCUCGGCCGCCUCACUAACCACCAUCCAGGCACCUCAACCUCUGACCCUCAUCUCCCAGCCGGGCGUGCAGAUCAUGCAGCCUGUAUCCGUUCACGGCCAGAUUGUGCAGACGUCACAGGCCAGUGUCGUAGACCAGCCCCUCAUGCAGCUAGCAGCAGAAGUUCAGGCCAGCCAAGUACAGGAACAACAAACUAAUGCUGUCAUGCAGCAGCAACAGUAUUUGGUGACUAAUUUGAUACCUGGAUCAAACAUCAUCAAACGUGGAUCAGUGGAACUGGGAGAAGCCAGAAAUGAAGAUUCUGAUUCGAAGAGAAUGAAAACGGAAGUGGAGGAAGCAAGCUAAUAGAACAGCAGUCGGAACUUGUCACUUGUGUCUCGUUGAUAGCAGAGAGAGAAGUUUUAACUUUAACGGAUGUUCAGUGGGCUUUAACAAUUACCUUUUGUCAUUUUUACAAUUAAUCGGACAAGAUAUGAACAUUUUUAUCUUGAAGAAUAUGGUUAUUAACUGAAAAGAUGUUUUAACACUUGACUGUUGUGAACUGCAUUCUCAGUUUAAUGUAUUACGAAUUAGUUGCAAUUUACAAUAGUUGUGAUUGUUAGAUUUUUGUUGGCAAGAAAAAGGUCAGUGUUAUAUUCAAGCUGAGGGCAGUGUUGAUUGAGAAAUUGAUAAUAAAUGUAUUAAAUCUACAGGGAAGCCAAUUUCUUGGAUGACUUUCAUCAAAGCUAACCAAGAAGAAUUCUCUAAACAGGUUACAGAUGUGUGUUGGUAUAAAUGGAAAAAGGACUGAUGUUUAGAGUUAUUUUGUUUGGCUAACAGAACUGUUAUCAAAGAGAAGUGUAAAAAUGAAAUGCAGCUGAUAAAGAUACAGCAUUGGCGAUUACAAAGUCUCGUGGACAAAAGGAUGCUUUGUUAGUGGUACUUUUUAGGAUUAGUGGCACACCCACUAAACUUCAUUAUGUGUGGUCAUCAUCAAACACACAAGUACUGAGGAACAUUUUAUUGUCAAUUUUAGUGCUGGUAUUUUAUUAACAGAAAGUAUAUUUUCUGUAAAUACUGAUUAAAAAAAAGUGCAUGUGUGCAUCAGGUGUUUUGCCAAAAAAUAAGUUGAGGGUAUAUAAUAAAAACAAAACGGAUCAUACCUUACUAGGUGGUUAUGUGUUUUGAAAUCUGAAGAAACUGGCAUCUGCAUUUCAUGUACUUGGACAAAUUUUAAACAGCAAUUCUUUUCCUUCAAAAUCCUUCAAUUCUUUCAAAAAAUUAUAAAAAGGUAUCCAUUAAUUUCCAAGAUUUUAGAUACACAAUUUUACCCUUUGUACCCUCUGGCAGAAAUUCUGCAUAUACAUAUACAGUAUACCUUCAAAAUUCUAUUAAAAAAAUUCAAGUUUAUCAUGUAAGGCCAAUUAUUAAAGGUAAAAGUUAAAUAAUAUCAUUUAUGAAUCUGUCAGUUUGAUAAAUAAUAUUCGGCACUAUGUAUUUGGAUAGUUUCAUUAGUAUUCAAACAAUAUGUUACACUUGUACAUAAUUCUAAAAAUGUAUUCCUUACAAAUAUCAAAAAUGGUUUUUGAUUUUUUUUUUUUUUUAACUUGUUGAAACAUAAUGAACAUAUGUUUACUGUUUUUGUUAAUCAUGGUCAUGGUUAGUUCACUGUUUUUGUGUGUACGUUACAUUCAUUGGCUUAAGAGCUGAAAUUUAAUUCUGACGUUUUCAGUCAUUAUUAUUUUUUUCACAAAUUGUUCAUAGAUUGUCUCCUUAAAAAUGUGUUCUUUUCAUCGUUGACUCUAGAUUUAAUAAUGUUUUAACUAUCAACUUAAUAUCUGUGUUUUGUUCUUGAAAACAUUAAGUGUGAUAUGAAAUAUUCUAAGACAAUAUAAAGUACAGUUUAGUCAGGUAUUUCAGAUAAACUGAAAUUUAAAACACUGCAAAUCAUCUUUAUAAAUAGUCAUACCUAUUUAAAAACCUGCAAAAAUUUGCAUGGUAUUUGACAGUCAAGCUUCCUAUCUACUUGGGCAACAUGUUUCUAUUCAAAAAUAAAGUACUUUAACAUAGACUGGGUAUAUUCCUGUUAUAUCACUGCAGUCAAUGAUGGCACAUAAACAGAAAUUUAAAACACUGCAAAUCAUCUUUAUAAAUAAUCAUACCUAUUUAAAAACCUACUGCAAAAAUGUUUAUGGUAUUUAACAGUCAAGCUUCCUAUCUACUUGGACAACGUGACUUCUAUUCAAAAAUAAAAGUACUUUAACAUAGACUGGGUAUAUUCCUGUUAUAUCACUGCAGUCAAAGAUGGCACAUUACUUUUAACUGCACAUGCAAGAAAACUGGAAAAUGCUUGCACAUUUGAAAUUAAAUCCGGUACUUGUUGAGAAAUUAACCUGAAAAAUGUUAGGGUAGAAAAAAGUUUUUCCACAAAACAUUUAAAAACCCAAACCAUUUCAGAAUAUGAGCAAUUUGAUAAUUUUAUGCUCAUAUGAGAAGAGGCCAUUCUUGUACUUGAUACUAUUUUCUCAACAACCAGUCCAUUAUAGCUUUGUCAGUCCAUAUUAGAUUAAAUUUAAAUUAACAACAGUGAUUUAAAUUUUACAAGCAAUGAAAAUAUAAUUUAAAGAGGGCUGGAGGCAUCAAUUUGAUAAAUAACAUACUUCCUAUUUUCUUUCCAUUGAAAACCAUUGUUUCAGCAUUUUCCCUCAUAUAUAUUACAUUGGCAGUCAUCACAUUGACUAGUAUGUGUUAUUUAUAUUGAAGAACAGUGAUAGCAUCAUUUUAUUGUUUCGUGGUACAUGUACUAAUAUUAUUUGAUACAAAUGACAUAGAUAUGCUGUACAUAGUACAUAAAUGUUACCAGCAUUGUGUAUUCCUUAUAAAUUGAGAAUUCUUAUUGGAAAGUAGUAUGAGCAUUUAUGUAAUCCUGUUAUAUCUUUCAAAUUUUAUGUUUGGUCAUAAUCUCAUUUUGUUAUUUUUCAAGUGUUUUACCGAUUAUUUAUUUUUGAUUUUUUGUUACUUUGAUAUUGUUUUGACAGUACUAGCUAUUCUAUGUCAUCAAAUUCAAAACAUCACAAGGCAUAAAUACUGCAUAUCCAUGUGGUGUUUACAACAGUAAAAUAAUAAUGUUACAAUUAAGACAAACCAGCUUCUGUCUUUUAGUUUGUUUACAGAUGUCCAUGUAUGAAUUUGGUGUUCUAACCAAUUGAAUUGUUAAGCAUGUCUUCUCUGUGAUUUUAUGUCCAUAUAUCAUCCAACAAAAAUUACAUGUGUUCAGAAAACAUUGACGUUAUCAUUGUGCAUCUCAUUGUUCAUGCAUCAGAAGUGACCUGAUUAUAUGACUCAUUGCUUACACUUUACAUCUGUUCAUACUGCAGCUGUGUAACUCUUAGAAUAUUCAGUUUAUUAUUUUUCUACUUCUUAAAACAAAACAAAGUGUGGUUAUUACAAUAUUAACACUGUAUACUGGAUAGUUGUGCUUUGUCUAUUAUAUGUAUUAUUAAUUAUUCAAGAUGAGUGAUUAAUAUUUAUAUGGUUGAAGAAGUAAAAUGCCACCUGACAACAUUGUACUAAACCGUAGCUAUCUUAUACUGAUUUAGCAGAAAAUAGCCAGCCUUUGCUGGCUGAAAACUAUUUGAUUACACGAUUUAGAUAUUUGUAAAGUGUAUGUUGCUUUAACUAGAAAUAUAUAUUACUGCAAACAUUUUUUUUUUCCUUAAAAAAUUAGAUAUGUUGUUUUUGUGGUGGCCUGCAAGUGUUACGUGUUAAGUUUGCUUUUACUCUUGAACGUUUUUCUCAGCAAACCUGCAAAGGUGCUAAAUAUAUAUAUAUAUAUAUAUAAAUAUUUGGGUACUUAAAUGCAUUUGUGGUAAGAAAAUGUGAAUGGAAGUAUCAUUUGAUUGUGUGGAUGUUUUUAGAUUUGUUAAAACAUGUAUUUGUGUAUUUACUUUCCUUUAAACCAGAAUUAUUGCUUUCCAGACGGUUCGUCCUCUGGACUAUUCGUCCAUCGUACAAUUCGUCCAUGACAAUUCGUCCACCCACCUCGGACAAUUCGUCCACUCGAUUAUAACAUUUAGAUCAAUAAAUCUAAAAUAUUAUUUCUUAGACAUUAAAAUGGUCAAUUAUUUUUGUUUUGUGGUAAACUACUAGUAUAAGAAACGAACUAAUUUUUACUGGCACUGUCAACUUGUUAUUGUUUGUGUGUGUCCAUUAUAGUACUUCAUUGAUAUGUUGUUAUUCAAAUUGCUCUUCAACUACACCAAUAAGUCUCACAUACUAUUUAGAAAACAAAGCUAGUACUAAACUAAAAUUUCGUCAUUUAUGUCAAAAAUACCAUAACGUGACAUCAUUUGAGGUAACCAACCAAUAAACAACGAUAUUGUGUCCAUUCCGCUACCAGGUUCCAGCUAAGUUCUAAAUUUAACUAUAAAAAUUAUAGUAGACGAAUUGUCUAAGAACAAUUUUUGGUUGUGGAUGAAUCGUCUCGACUUCAACAGUGGACAAAUUUGUAGUGGACGAAACGUCCAGAGGAUGAAUCAUCUGCAUCCCGAAUUAUUGCUAUAGUUUUUUUUUUUUUCUAAGAAGACAAAGAGAAAACUGUAAAUCAGUGAAUCACAUUUAUCAUUGAUAAGUAAUGUUUAAUUUUAGCUAUAUGUUAUUGCUUCUAUCUUUCGCAAGCAUUUGUUGAUUUUUGGGGGUCAGUCUAAAGACACAAAUGAUUGCAACUAUGUGUUGUGUUAAGACUUGUGUAAAUAUAAACACAUCAUUUUUAUUCAUUGUUAUUUGUUUUUGGGGGCAGCAAAUACAUACUUUCUCUAGGCAUUGUCAAAUUCCUGUAACAAUUAUUGGACAUUGCAUAACUUUGUACUUGCAAUGUUGGUUGUUUUAUGAUCAUAUUUUCCAGACAACAUAUCUUCUCAUUCUUUCACCUCAUUUUGUUUCUCUUAUACUUGCAGCCAUAAUUCUAGUGACAUCAGUCAAACCUGUCAUAAAGCACACCAUAUGUAACAACCACCUGGCAAUAGUAGAUACUCCAUAGUUUUCCUUUCUACAUAUUAUAUAGAUUUUUACCUCUAUAAAAGCCACCAGCUCAUAGAAGGCCACAUUAUUUUUUGUCUUGUGGUGGCAUUCAUAGACUUCAUAGAUUUAUUAGUAUGUGUUAUUAAGUCUUCCCCACUAGUCUCAAUGCUGUAAUACAGGGUUAUAAGAUCAUUAUGUACUGGUACUGUAAAGUACUGCAAUGCAAAGCACUUCCAGGAUUUCAGCUGUUUCCUAAGUCAGUGAAUGAAUUUAGGUUUAAUUUGGCGAAUAUAUUUCAUUAAUAAAUCGCUAGAAAGCUAACUUGAAAAUAAAUUAAUAUUAAAGAGUCUUAAUUUUUCUUGUUUUAUUUAGCUAAUUGAAGCUAUUAGUUAACUACAGUUAACUAAAUUCAGUAAAUUGCUUCAAAAUGUUUUAGCACCAGCUCAAACUCGAUUUUUUAUACUUUGAAAACAAUUACUUGUUUUGGUAAUUAUGAAUUUAAUAGUUAUUUGAAUUUUUAAUUAAGACAAAUGUAAUUAACCCACACUAAGUGUUAUUGUUAGACCUAGACCCAUGCUUAUAAAAAUUUAUAAAACUGACACUACUAAAGUAUUAACUGCUGCAUGCUAUUUAUAUAACAUUACCAGGAUGUUAAAUCUUCAGACUUUGUAGAAGCCCAAAACCAAACAUUAAAUGGUUUCUAAGCACAAGCCCUGCUACAAUUUUCAAAGCACAUAACUUUGACCGUAACAAUAUUUGGCACAUGACGUUAAUACUGGACAAAAUAAUUUUAGUAUGGGCUGCUUAUGUCAAAUGUUUGAAGACUGAAAUUACAAUUUUAAUAAUAAUUUUUAAAAAUGUACCUAACAAUGUGACACAUAUUUUUGUUGAGGCAAACAUAAAAUGCACAAGAUUGUAAAUGAUAGUGUGUGUCAAUGCAAUAUAGUGGGGGUUUUCACAUUUAUGACUUGGUUAUUUGUGUGUGAAACAUAAUAUUAUUAUAUGUUUGUUUGUCUUGGUCUGUGAUUGUAAUAAAAAUUAUGUUCAGUGUGUUAUCACAAGUAUAAAUACAGUGCUUUUGAAAAACAUUAAAACCUUGUCCUGUAUACUAGUAAUAUUUGGUCAUUCUAAAUCAUUCUACAUUUUGAAUAUUUAUAAUCAUUGUACAAAUAAUACUUGUUGUUUUUUUAUAUUGCUUUAAUUUCCAAUAAAAUGGAUGAUGCCAUUUUAUAUAUUUUUUUUAAAACAAUGCCCUAGCACAUUGCCAUAGUUGAUUUGAAUAAUCUGUAAAGUUAUACUAUGAAAAUGCAUUGGUGGGCUGUAUCACUAAUAUCUGUGAGGUUAUUAUAACAGUUGCCUCUCCUGAACAUGUUUGAAUAAUCUGUAAAGUUAUACUAUGAAAAUGCAUUGGUGGGCUGUAUCACUAAUAUCUGUGAGGUUAUUAUAACAGUUGCCUCUCCUGAACAUGUUUGAAUAAUCUGUAAAGUUAUACUAUGAAAAUGCAUUGGUGGGCUGUAUCACUAAUAUCUGUGAGGUUAUUAUAACAGUUGCCUCUCCUGAACAUGUUUGAAUAAUCUGUAAAGUUAUACUAUGAAAAUGCAUUGGUGGGCUGUAUCACUAAUAUCUGUGAGGUUAUUAUAACAGUUGCCUCUCCUGAACAUGUUUGAAUAAUCUGUAAAGUUAUACUAUGAAAAUGCAUUGGUGGGCUGUAUCACUAAUAUCUGUGAGGUUAUUAUAACAGUUACCUCUCCUGAACAUGUUUGAAUAAUCUGUAAACUUAUACUAUGAAAAUGCAUUGGUGGGCUGUAUCACUAAUAUCUGUGAGGUUAUUAUAACAGUUGCCUCUCCUGAACAUGUUUGCUUAACAUACAUAUUGAUAAAUGUUUAAUAUUGCAAUAAUUGUAAAAUGUAGCUUAUUUUUGCAUGCCUGUUUAAACUUUUCAGUUUUAAAUAAAUAACUCAUUGGAUAGAUUGUGCACCAGUCACAUUUUGUAAAUUAAAAGCUGUUAAUUAAAAGUUGUCGGAAUCUCUCUCAAAAUUAUUUAGGCAAUUAACUAAUAAUCUAAACCUAAUAGGAGGCUAUAAUUAAACCAAAAAUACAUAAAAUGCAAGAAACAAUUGCAACCAAUGGCAAAUUUAAAAAAAAAGAAAAAAGGGUUUAUCUUUUAUUUGUUUUUUAUAUUAUUAUUAUUAGUUUUUUUAAUUAUUAUUAUUAACAGUUACUGUAAUUUACUGUAAACGAUCACCACCAAAUUUCCUCAUGCAUGAACACCCCUGCCAUUGUCUAGUGGUGACCUUGCAGCUUUAACUUCUUUACUGGAGGUGGUGUUAAUUGGUUAUUGUUUUGUUUUUUUACAUGUUUAGAUGUGUUUUCACAAGUUGUUCACUAAGAAUAGAGCCCAGUGAACUGCAAAAUUUGUUUCUUAUUUUCUUUCUGUCGGCCUCCCCCACCACUCAAUCACGUCAUGUCAAAAACUCCCCUCCCAUCAUGUCUGAUUGGUACAUUAUUAUUAAUUUAGUUGUAUUAACGUUAAACAUCAUUGGCCAAAUUUACUGUUUAAGCAUUGUAAAUGUAUGUAGUUACACAUGUGUAAGACUUUUUAAAUUUUGCCCCAUUUGUACACAAAAGAAAUAUGUUAAUGACUGUUCUGAAAUUAUAUUCAGUAUCUUCAUGUAUAUAAUUGUGUCAUCAAACAUUUUCAUGACAUUCAUUUGUUAUGAGCAUAAUAUUAUACACACACACACACACAAACCAAGAAGGUGUGGUUUCACAAAAUGAGCUGGAAUUUUUAAUGUUGGUCUUUUAAUAACUUCGGUUUUCAUUACAGGUAUAAACUUAUUUACAAAUUUAUAAAUAUUUUCAAAUUUUCUAAGUUGGUACUCUUAUAUUAAAUAGAACAUUUAACAAGUAUAAAUGGAAAUAUAGUAAAGCCACAAAAUAUAUUUUACCGGAAAAAGUAUUACAUUACAUAAUGGUUAAUAGUUAACUGUAUUAAUUCCCCCAAAAAGUAAUUUUUAUUGAAAGACAAAGAUUACAUAACACUAUUGUACAUAAAUGUUUUAAAUUUUUUUAAAUAUAACUGUAAAUGAUCCAUUACAAUUGAACAGUAUCAGCUGUAUAAGAUGUGUGUGAAAACAAUAGCAGUUAAUGAUUAGUAACUAUGUUUACCUUAUUGUCAUACAAUGAAGAGAAAAAACAAUUUCAGGUCAUUUACAUGUUUUUGUGUCAUGCUUUAUGUAGAUAGUGCUAUAAAAUUAUGUGCAGAGAAAAAAAUGUCACAAAACUGUUCUCUUUAAGGUGCAAAAAAAACAAAACAAUAUAUGAACAUGUAUUGGAAUCUGUUUAAACAUUAACCAACAUAUGUUUACACAUUAAGGUUGAGAAUACUCUUUGCAAGUAAAAGAAAAAAAUUAUUAAACUGAAUUGUAAUAUGUUUUCAGAAGAGAAAAAUUGAGAUCAUCAUUGUUUUUGGAAAUAAUGUUUUAGAUUGCAAUUUGUUGAUUGAUUCAGAUUGAAUUUUGUCAGUUGUUCAAGAGCAGUCGCCUACAUUUAGUUUUUUUAAAUGACUAGGCUAGGUGACAUAUUUAUGUAUUGAAUUUUACAGGACAAAUUGCAAAUGUACAAUGCAUUUAACAAACAAACAAAAAAUACCCUUCGAGAAUCGGCUAUUUAUAGAAAUUUUGUAUUAUUUACUUUUAGUUUUCUUUAAAAUAGUUAUUAUUACUAAAAAAAAUAAUAAAAAAUAACAAAAAUGUGUUGCUCAGUAGGUAGUUUUUAGGGGUUUUUGGUAAGUUUUUGUUUCAUUUACAGUUGUUUUUUAAUCUAAUGGGGAGGGGGGGGGGGAUUCAAUUUUAUUCUAGGUCAUCUGUAUGUAGAUCACAAUUUAAGAUUUUCACAUGAAUGGAUUUUUUUUCAUAAUUUAUUUUAUUAUUAUUAUUAUUAAUAUUUGGGCAUUUGAAUCUUAACAUUGAACAGUGCUUUGGUAUUUUUGUGGCGUUAGUUAUUUCUAGCAACAUUUGUUUUCUGUUCAUCAGGAGUAAGACUUAUUACACAUUUCCUUGUGUUUGUGCGUGCCUGUGUGUGUGUGUGUGUGUGUGUGUGUGUGUCUAAACUGUAUAAAUCAAAUUUUUAAAGUAAUCUUUGUGUUGACAUACUGUUUACAGCUGCUGUGAAUUUUUCAACACAGAUCAAUUUGUACAUGCUUCCUUCUGCCCAUACCUGGUUUGUUACAGCUUGUAGUCAAUGGCCAAAGUUGCACUGCCUAAUUCAAGUCGAUACAAUAAUGAGACUUAAUUAGUCAGUAGCUAAUUUGUUACAGGUCAGCCUGAUUUAAUAAGUACUCCGUGCUGCCUGAUUCAGGAUGGCUCCUGUAUGAAUAAAGUGUAUUGUUUUAAACCAU